AUGUUGCGAAUAAGGCACAUCCACAAGCCUCUAUUGAAUAAUUUGCUUCUCUGUCGGUAUCUUCAUCAGACAUGCAAUUUCCUCGACGUAAAUAAAGCCAAACCUCAACCUACCAUUGCGAAGAAAAGAUUUGAAAAUGAGCAACCUCUCUCUAGUAUUGAAGAGGAGAAUUUAUUUCAGAAUGUUUUAAGUGAAAUCCAAGAAAAGUUUGGCUCUAGAGUGGAGAAUGCCAAAGAUAUUGCAGCAAUGUUGCCAAAUACGGACGAGUCAUCGUCUGUAUUAGCCUCUAGUCGAUUCAACUCAACGCCAAAAGGUCAGAUUCAACGAAGUCAACAAGCCAUAGAAUUUGAUAGACAAGACAAAAAAUUACUAGAAUUUUUCAAAGGGAAAUUAGAAAAGAAAAUUAAAGUACAAGAGUCUGAUAAGUCCUCCAUUCCAAUCUUGCAAUCUCAAAAUGAAACCCUGAAAAAAGAAAUGACGUAUUUAGAAAACAAAAAUGAGUUAAGUGCCAAAUCGUUGGAUGAAUUAGCCAUUUCCUAUACUGAAAGGACUUUGCCUCUGGAAGAUUUAAAUCUUGAUCGGGUGAAGUUCGAAAAACUAAAAGGAAAAGAAAGAUAUAAAGUAGCAAUGGAUAAUAUAAUGGUACCUUACAUCGAAUAUCUUCGAACUUCAUUGGGGACUGAUUAUGCUGUAUUGGAUUGUGUAAAGAAGUUGAUUGAAAAAUACCUCAUUAAUGGAGAUACCAUUUCCAAUGAAGACGAACAUGACGGCACCAAUGAGAAGUUAGGACAAUUGGAGCCCUUGGAAAUUAUAGAGAUGGUGACUCAAAACUUGGAAGUUUCAUCUAACGAAUUACCGCAACCGUAUCGCAUAACUAUACCAUAUGUUCUAACUAAGCUCCUUGAUCCUGAAUUUAUGCCGUUACCAGAAGACAGAAGAUACCAGAUUAUUUCUUACAUCUAUAAAGAAUGUAAGAGAUCUUCGGAUGUUACGCUAUAUUUGAAUGUUUGUACUGUCGAGCUCUAUAAUAUUCUGUUGGAUUUAUCGUGGAAGAAUUUCUACGAAGUUAAAAAAUUGAAGACUAUAAUAACAGAAAUGACCAUCAACGGUGUAUCCGGAGAUAUCUACACAUUAGAAAUCCUCGAGAAUGCGGUAAAAGGGAUGAGAACAAUGAAUUCGGAUGAUAUUGAUGAUUUAUAUGACGGUAUACCCUUACAUCAAGAAACGACGAAGAAGGAACCGCUUACAGUUAGUGUUGUUUGGUCAAGAGAGACCACUACCGAUCUACAUUUCAUUGAUAAUUACAUUAGACAAUUGAAGCAGGAUAUAACAAGUUGA